AUGGCGAAAGCCCGCAUCGGCACCACGAUGAACUCGAUGCUCACGCCGCGUGCGGACGACGGCGACUUGUCGGGGGACGGCUUCGUGAAUGAGAACGGCAGAGAGGUGCCGUUCUGGUGGACAAAGGAGGGCGUCAUCAUCAAGUGGUCCAUCUUCUUCGGCCUGAUCGCCCUGUUCCUCCUGUACCUGAUCGGCGGCUACCUGCACGCGCGGCGCCGCAUGCGCAAGGGGCUGGCGCCGCUGCGCUACCACCGGUGCCUGGUGCCGCGCGCCCAGCUGGCCCGCGUCGACCCGGCCUACGCCUACCCGCAGAACCCGACGUACACCAGCUACGCGGCCGGGGGCCCGCCCCAGGGCGGCUACUACGGCAUGCAGCCCAUGCCCCCGCCCGUCUACGACCCCAACCGCCCGCCCAUGUACGACGUGCCGCCGCCCGGCGCCCCGCCCCAGGGCGGUUCCAAGCUCGACCCCGCCCAGGCCGGCGACUACGCCCCGCCGCCCGGCCCGCCGCCGCCGCCGGUCGCGGCGCAGCGCACGGGGAACUCCAACCCGUUUGCGGAUCCUGCCCGGCCUUGA